UUCGAUUUCGUCCAACCGUUGCUGGUUGCCACAGUAGCGUCGCGUAACCAUGGAGACGUAACCUGCGUUAGCUAACCGCAGUCCCACAGUUCAAUACACUAGCUUCCAUCUUGUUUACCUGUUGCAAACGAUGAGAUGUGCAGCAUUUCAGUCUUUGAAACGCUUUGGGACAAUAUAACAACCAGCAUACUUAACGUGGGUAAAUAAACACGUUAAAUUCCCCCCCACACCGUUCACGUGACGUUACAUAAAAUGUUCAGGAAUAGUUACCAGCGUGGAGCUGUGGUUGAGAUCUUCACCGGACAGGGAAAAGACCCUGUAGCAAAAUGGAAACUCUGCGGAGGACCGUCAGCCAUACAUAAGGAGUAUAAUAAAGAAGUCAAAGGAUUUGUUUACUGUCUGGAGGGAAGCAGCCAGACAGUCAAGAUGCAACUGCCAGAGAAUGGGAAAAUGUCUCUUGGGCUUCUCCAAAGAUUCUUGGUCCUUCAAGUGAAUAUUCCUCAGUGCAGAGAUUUUUCCAUUGAGCUGAUGAUAACUGAUUCAGAACACCUGAAAAGAAGACUUCACCUAUCAACAGUGCACAAAGAGUUGACUGCCACACUUUUACAUGCAAAGAUACCUCUUGUGGGACUGAAACGGAAUAUUUGGUCUACUUUGUGCAUCGACCUUGUCUCAUUCACCGCUGAACUGUUCAAGGGACUUUUGACACUGGAUGGCAUCACUUUGUUUGCUACGUGUAAAGUACGCAGAAUCUUCACCAUGAAAACAGAGCCCACAGGAAUGUCAGAUGAUGAUAUGUUUCUCGGUGGAGCUGGACUCAUGGACUUGCUCCCUCGCAGCUGCCAGUUCCCACCAGAUGUAAACCAUGUAACUCAGAUGCUGAACAUGGAGAAUUUGCAGAGGGUAGACAUGAAGACUGGCCUUGUGAGCUCUGACUGUGUUCCUGAUCAGUCUGGCACUGCCAGAUCAACCAGUUAUCGACAAACCAGAUCCCAUGGUGUUUUACACACAGCGUCAGGCUCCAGGGCUUCAGGACUACCUUUUCAAAGUGGAAGGAAAAACAGUGCAGCCUCAGACGCAAUGGAUAGAGGUCUACUCUUUAUCUCGAAUACGGGAUCUCCAUUCAGUAAUAUGAACCAAAAAGUUCCUGCAGAAAGUCAAAGCAUUGCCAACCUGAGGGAGAAUUUAUCACAUGAAGGACCUUCCCUGACUCUUCCUGAGGGAACACCUGGCAGGUUACAGCCCCAUCCCCCAACAGACAAGCAGGGAUCAAAGAAGCCACAGGUCCUCAGUGCUGGAAGAGAGAGGCUAGCAUCGUCAGCCCAUUCUGAUGCUGUGCCUGGUCGCCACAGAAGGAAUAAAACCAGGGAGAGGCGCACUCCUCCGUCUGGUGAGCAAGAGCAGCAACCUCUGACCCAAACAGAAAAGACAGAGCACCUAGCAGCAGAUGAGGGUAGCUUCAGUCCUGCAAGGGAAAGUUCCAGAGCCGCUCCGACCCCAGCAGAGUCUCGCUCCAGCUCAAUUCGUCCAGGUUUGUCCUCUGACCUGCAGGUCUGGAGCAGCUGGGAGAGUAAUGAAGGGUCCGAGCCCCAGCUCACUCUCCAAGAGGAGGUGUUCAUUUUCUCGUCCCAGCCUCACUCACCCAAACGAGGGCAGGGCCAGGGUGACCAGGAGAAGAUGGAGAUGGGAGAUGACCGGGUUCAGAGCAGGAGUGGGAGGCGGUGUGAGGCCCAGCCUGAAGAUGACUUUAUCGGCAGUGAAAGUGAUGAGGAUAAGGGCUACACCUCCUUCCAGCAACAAAGAACUAGUGUUGAGUCCAACCCUGCUACCCCCCAAACCCCUGAUCCAGCUUUGAAUGAGCAACUGAAAGUCCAUCCUGAAUCUCAUAACAGGGACCAGACAUCACCAAAAGACCUCAGUCCAGCUACCACUGAUAUUCAAACUCAGUUUCCAUCCAGUGGGAGAGCUGAACUAGCUGGGAUGGCCCCUACACGUUGCCUGUCACCGAGUGCACCACCCAGCAGACAGGAACGCAAGUGUGGCUCUCGUGGAUCGGAGGUAGUAAACCAGGUUCUGGGUGGGAAGAGCAGUGUAACACUUUCUAGGAGACUGCUGCAAGAAGUCACAUUGGAUGACUUCCCACAGCACAAGGAAGAAGAGGACGAGAUGCUGAAGCCUGUUGAUUCAAGUUGUUACAACUUUCACCUGCUUGGUAGUCUGAGGAUGACAGGAGAUGAUGAUGAGGAGCUCCAAAUGCUGGCGAGCUUAAAGAGGGAGCAGGAGGAGGAUGAGUGUAGAGCCUCGGGCCUCAGUGCAUCUCAGAUCCACCAGUGUAAUGUUAGCAUCAGUAUGAGCAGUGACGACGCCUCUACUUGGACUCACAUCUCCAUGCCAGCUAAUCAGGGUCACCACUACCAGAACGAAAUGAACCCCCUCCUACACUCAAACCCGAGAGAGUGGAUGGACGUGCUCAGCCCUCCUAUUAUGCCUCCCAGGCAGCGGAGAAGGUCAGGGAACACGUGGAACAAUCGGGAAAAUCUAGUCGGAGGACGGGAUGAAUCUGUGAAUGAGGAGGAGAAUGAGGACGAGUAUUUGAAUCUGCUCUAUGAUCCUUGCAUGAACUGCUACUUCGAUCCAAAGACGGGGAAGUACUAUGAACUAGCUUGACUCAAAGCUCGAGAGAGUCAGAAUUAAUAAAUCACAUGUCAUUGACUGUGGAUGAAUGGCUUUGGGAUUUUUUAGGCCCAGCUUAUUGAUCAGUGAAUACUCCAUUCACAAAACCCUUUUCAUGUUGCUGCUUUUGUCGUCAGGAGCUUUUUGUCGCCAUAAGUAGUGUCAUGUUAGUGAGUACAGGAAUGGGACUCAAUAAAUCAGAUACAAGCUUUUUGACAGAAGUGGAGUUGCUGCCCAUUCACCAACACAUCUGAUGGUUAAGAGAGUCUUUUCAGGACUGAAAUUAAUAUGUAAGCUUUCUGGAAGAACAUCUUAGGCCUUCUUUUAUUCAGAAGAGAAAGAUUUCUGACAUUUAAAAUUAACUUUGGAUAAGUAUUUCAGUAUAAGGUUUUUUUUUUUUUAAAUAAAUUUCAUCAUUGAAAAUAUAAUGUGUGUGUAUAUUGUUUUAAUUAAAUUUAAA